AUAACCGGAAAGGGAGGGAAACCUCCAACGCCACGCAAAGCAAUCCAAAGCAACUGGGUCUUUGUCUUCCCUGAAUUAAAUUAAUCUGAAAUUAUAAUUUAAGGAAGGGUUCCUUGGUUUCGUCAUCAUUUUUUCUUUCCAACCUACUCUUUUUCAAUUCAACGCCCAUCAUGGAUCGUUUCCCCAUCAUUUUUGUCGUAGUCACCCUCAUCACCCUCGUCUCCGGUGGCCGUGACGAGAUUCUCUGAUUGCCCUCCGAAGCUUCCAGGUUCUUCCAAGCACCCGAUACUGAUGAGAAUGAUGAGGGAACGAGGUGGGCCGUUUUAAUUGCCGGAUCCAAUGGCUACUGGAAUUACAGACACCAGUCUGAUGUUUGCCAUGCGUAUCAACUGCUGACGAAAGGUGGUCUGAAAGAAGAAAAUAUUGUGGUAUUUAUGUAUGAUGACAUUGCUUUCAAUGAAGAGAACCCACGGCCUGGAGUCAUUAUUAACAGCCCUCAUGGAAAUGAUGUUUACAAGGGAGUCCCGAAGGAUUACGUUGGUGAAGAUGUCACUGUUAACAAUUUUUUUGCUGCUAUACUUGGAAAUAAAUCAGCUCUUACCGGUGGUAGCGGGAAGGUUGUCAAUAGUGGUCCCAAUGAUCAUAUAUUUAUAUACUAUUCUGAUCAUGGCGGUCCAGGAGUGUUAGGGAUGCCUACUAGUCCAUACAUGUAUGCCUCCGAUCUGAUUGAAGUCUUAAAGAAAAAACAUGCUUCUGGAACGUAUAAAAGCCUAGUAUUUUAUCUAGAGGCAUGUGAAUCUGGGAGUAUCUUUGAAGGUCUUCUUCCUGAAGGUCUGAAUAUCUAUGCAACAACAGCAGCUAAUGCAGAAGAAAGCAGUUGGGGAACAUAUUGUCCCGGGGAGUAUCCUAGUCCCCCCCCUGAAUAUGAAACCUGCCUGGGUGACCUGUACAGUGUUGCUUGGAUGGAAGACAGUGACAUUCACAAUUUGCGAACAGAAACUUUACAUCAACAAUUUGAAUUGGUGAAACAAAGGACCAUGAAUGGAAAUUCAGCCUAUGGUUCCCACGUGAUGCAGUAUGGUGACGUAGGGCUUAGCAAGAACAAUCUCUCCUUAUAUUUGGGUACAAAUCCUGCUAAUGAUAAUUUUCCUUUUCUGGAGAAAAACUCGUUGGUGCCACCUUCAAAAGCAGUCAACCAACGUGAUGCAGAUCUUGUCCAUUUCUGGGAUAAGUUCCGCAAAGCUCCUUUGGGUUCUUCUAGGAAAUCUGUAGCUCAGAAACAAAUUCUAGAAGCAAUGUCUCACAGAAUGCAUAUAGACGACAGCGUGACACUUAUUGGAAAGCUGUUAUUUGGCAUUGAAGAGGGUCCAGAACUGCUUAGCAGUGUUAGACCUGCUGGGCAACCACUUGUUGAUGACUGGGACUGCCUUAAAACACUGGUUAGGACUUUUGAGACACAUUGUGGAUCCCUGUCUCAGUAUGGGAUGAAACAUAUGAGGUCCUUUGCAAACCUCUGCAAUGCUGGAAUACGGAAAGAGCAAAUGGCCGAGGCCUCAGCACAAGCAUGUGUCAGUAUUCCUGCAACUCCCUGGAGCUCUCUGAGAAGCGGUUUCAGUGCAUAAUUCAUACAAUGUGCCCCAUUGGAAACCAAGUAUAAUGGUUGUAGCCUUAUGCUUUAUCAUUGCAUCAUGUACUGUCCUUUGGUCAUGAUUUCUUAUUCCAACACUGUAAAUACACAUUGGAUGCUGGGGAACCCUCUUCUUUACAUUGUAAUUGGGGGCAAAAUAGAUGCUGUAACCAAGCCAUUUUACUUUUACUUUAGCAGAAACAGUGGAACCAUAAGGACCCUUGCAACUUCUUCUAAUGACAGUGCACGUUAUCCUGUUUGU